AUGGGGGCGCCUUCCAUUCCUACAUCCGCCGAGCCAACCGUCACUUUCAGCUCUGGCCGAGAUGUCAACAACUCCCCUCCAGAUAUCCGGCUGCUCCAUUACAACGAUGUCUACCACCUCGACCCCUCCUCGUCUGAACCGGCCGGUGGUGUUGCCAGGUUCAUAACGGUCUGUAAGGAGUACCGGGAAGCAGAUCGGUUCAAAGGGCAGCCCAACUUGGUCACUCUUUUCUCCGGCGAUGUCUUCAACCCGAGUCUUGAGAGCUCCAUCACAAAAGGCCGCCACAUGGUCCCCCUGCUCAACCUCAUCGGUACUGACUGCGCUUGUGUCGGGAACCACGAUCUCGAUUUCGGGGACCGGCAGUUCCGCAACCUCGCCUCCAAGUGCAACUUUCCCUGGCUGCUAGCCAACGUCCUGGACCCGGCCCUCGGGGAUGGGGUUCCCCUUGGCAAUGCCAAAAAGACGCACAUGAUCACGGCUUCCAAUGGCAUCAAAAUCGGCCUGCUUGGUCUCGGCGAGCGAGAGUGGCUCGAGACGAUCAAUGCCCUCCCACCAAACAUCAUCUACCGCUCGGCCAGCGAGGUCGCCCGGGAAUUGGUGCCCCAGCUGCGUGCUGAGGGCGCAGAGAUCAUCAUAGCCGUCACACACCAGCGCGAACCCAACGACAACAAGCUUGCCACGCAGCUCGGCGGCGAGAAUAUUGACCUGAUCCUCGGCGGACACGACCACUUUUACGCCCACAGUCUCAUCAACGGAACUCACGUCCUGCGGUCCGGCUCCGACUUCAAGCAGCUCAGCUACAUCGAGAUCCGCCGGGUCACCGAUCCCAGUGCCAGCGGCCGGCGAUGGGACGUCGAUAUCUGGCGGCGAGACAUCGUCCGGUCCAUUGCGGAGGACAAAGAGGCCGCGACUUUAGUGGACAGUCUCACGGCCAAGCUAAAAAAGAGCCUUGAGAAGCCGAUCGGGUGGACUGCCACACCUCUAGACUCGAGGUUCACCACGGUGAGGUUAAAGGAGAGCAACCUGGGCAACUUUGUGUGCGAUAUCAUGCGGCACCAUUAUGGCGCUGAUUGCGCACUGAUGGCGGCCGGCACGAUCAGAGGUGAUCAGGUAUAUGCGCCGGGGCCGAUACGUGUCAAGGAGAUAACGGACUGUUUUCCAUUUGAAGAUCCCGUGGUUGUGAUCAAGGUGAAAGGAAAGGCGCUCUGGGAUGCGCUAGAGAACGGUGUUUCGCUUUAUCCCGCGCUAGAAGGGCGCUUCCCUCAGGUUUCCAACAUCCGCUUCAGCUUUGACCCCUCUCGACCCGUCGGAUCGCGGAUCCUCGCGGCCGAAGUUGAUGGGAAGACGCUCGACAAUGAGCGCGUUUACGUCCUCGCCACGCGUGGGUACAUGGGACGCGGCAAAGAUGGGUACCGCAGCCUGCUGGUAGAGCCGGAAGGUGGCGAGUGCGAGGAAGUGGUCUCCGAGGAGAACGGGAUGCUCAUCUCGGCGAUUUUGCGGCAGUACUUCAUGUCCUUGACUGUGUUGGCCAAGUGGAGUGGUUGGUGUCCGUCGAUGGAUAGUCAUUGGUCCAAAGUAGCAGACAGCGUGGAGAAGAGCCAUCCCAUCGUCGGGAAAUCACCCACCUCCGCCACAUCAGACAGCCCGGAAAGCAAGACCAACAGCGAUGAAAGCGCCACUCCCAAGAAGAAUGGUUGGGCACAAUGGACCCCAGCCCGUCUUCGACAGACCCGCUCCCACGUCCCGCCCCCCAACGAAGACGACAGCGACACCGAGUCCGGCGAGGACGUAGAGCACGCACGCGAAAGCGUCCGCAGCGUCGACCGCGAGUUGGCUAUCAUGCGCCGUGUAUUCCGCAAGUGGUGCCGAGUGGCUGGAGUUCGCGGAGAUGCUGCGGGGGGCACGGACGACGUGGUCGAGGGCGACUUGGGCGGGGCGUCGUGGACAAGGGCUAUUGCGCCUCGUGUGGAAGGGAGGAUUCGGAUGGUGACCGCGGGUGAGAGCGGAUAA